AUGACGUCUCCCAUUUCUCCGGCUUCCACGACGUUGCCGUCGCGCGCUGCUACGGGCUUGAGUGGGCAUACCGAGGAGGCUGUCCCCGACUUUGAUCCCAAUACCACUGCAGGACUGCUUGCCGAGCGUUUGCAGGCAUGGAAGCAUGCUUGCGGCUACCUUGAGGAAUAUGUGACUGCUGUCGAGAAGAUUCACGGCCGCCAGGCCAAGGAGUACGAGAAGGCAUUGAAGACCAUCUCCAACCCCCUUCGUGAGGGCCAUCAUUUUGACCAGAGCCUAGGGGGUAUCGCAGGAUUCUUCGAAAACAUACGCUCCAACACGCAGGCCCAAAUCAAUACCAACAUUGAGACCGAGAAGAGUCUCAAGGGCUCUGUCUUGCCCAUCCUCGAGCGUCUUCACAAGGAAAUCAAGCACAAGGCCAAGGAGCUCCAUGGCGGUGCUCAGAGCAGUGCCAAAGAAGUCGAGAAGCUGCGCAAUGUCACACAGAAGCAAAUCGAGCUCCUCGGCCAGCAGACUGCCUCCUACGACUCUGCUGGUGGCAAGCUCCAUGCCGGCGAUGAUCCUUAUGUCAUCCACCGAGGUGUGAUGCACCGGUUGAGCAACCAGGUUGUUGCCGAGAACAACCACCACAACGACCUGAUUGCCGUCCAAAACAACUUCCAGACGUUUGAGGCACACGUCAUCGAAGUCUUCCAGCAGGCCGUCGAGGCGUUUGUCCAACUUGCUGGAGGUCAAGGCGAGAAGACCCGCGCCCUGUAUAACGACAUGUUAGGCACUAUUCAGUGUGUCCCCGUCAACUUUGAGUGGCAGAACUUUACGCAGCGUUGUUCCGAUAGAUUGGCCAACCCGAAUGAUCCGCCUCGUGCCGUGGAUGCGAUCCAGUUCCCUAACAUGGACCACGCGUCGACCAAGCCCCUGAUCGAGGGCUCCCUGGAGCGCAAGUCUCGCAACAAGCUGUCCUGGGGCUACUCGACGGGCUACUACGUCGUCACACCGGCCAAGUGGCUUCACGAGUUCAAGGACUCGGACGACUCUCGCGUAGAUCCCAAGCCGGAGCUGUCUCUCUUUCUACCAGACGCAGUAAUCGGUACCCCCAGCGGUGAAAAGUUCAACGUCAAGGGUAAAGACAGAAGCGGCACCAUGAGCUCCAAACUCACCGGCAGCACAGAACUCGCCUUCAAGGCUCAUUCAGCCGCCGACGCCCAGAAAUGGUUCCAUGUCAUCCAGCAAGUAUGCGGAGCCACAGGCCCGGCUGAGCCAACGUCACCUACCCCGUCAUCACCCGCCACAGCCUCGCCGGCCACCAUCCCCCCAUCCGUGGGAAAAGCCGGUGAGAAGGCCAACGACAAGGUCGAAACGAGCCCGGCCGUGGCUUCGCCUGAGGAGAGCAAGUCGGAUGCUCUGGCAGAAGGUGGCCACAAGGCCCAAGAGGCUGGCGUGACUGGCGGUGAGGCCGUAUCGAGUCCUCCUGACGAGAAGAAGCCAACAGUUGCAUAG